AUGAUUCCUGGAGGCUUAACAGAAGCUAAACCGGCCACUCCAGAAAUCCAGAAGAUGGUUGAUGAGGUUAAGCCACAAGUUGAAGAACAAACCAAUGAGACUUACGAAAAAUUUGAAGCUGUAAUAUAUAAAACGCAAGUGGUUGCUGGAGUAAAUUACUUCGUUAAGGUCCAAGUAGGUGAUGAGAAAUAUGUGCACCUGAAAAUAUUCAAAAGUCUGCCUGGAGGAAAUCAGCAUUUGGAACUUUCUGAUGUGCAGACUGACAAAUGUAAAGAUGAUGAGCUGGUGGGCUUUUAG